AUGGCUACUGCGAUAUCAGUCCGCUUCCUGCUCAUUCCCGACACCCACCCACCGUCCUUUGAAUGCCAAAAACCAGACGGCCCAUUUCGCGGCCCAAUGCCAAAGGCCGAUGUAGCGCUCCACGGUGGCAAUCUCAGGCAGAAGCUCGUUAUAGCCGGAAACCACGAUCCGUCGCCCUCGAUCCGAAACACCGGCAGAACCUCGAAAACGAUCGAAGACGAGGAGGAGCAAAAGAAGCCGGAACGCGAGGGAACCAACACCCCGAGGCGAUGGACAUCACGACGGGGAAAACUCGCUCGAGACGCGGGCGUCGCGGAUCUCGACGAAGCGGGCGCAUGCCUUCACUUCACCUUGCGCGAUAGGGCACAAUUUUUAGCGUCUCUGCGUCCCCGUAUCAGCCCAAGUUCGGCGACUGGGCGGCUCCGUACGGGAGAGACGAAGACAUGCAGAAUCUGCCGGGCCAGACUGCAGGAGGGACGACCUCGAUCAGCGAGAACCUUAUUUCUUAGCUUUUCCGUCAGUCGAUAUAGUUAUGACGUAAGGGCCGCCGCGAGGCAUCUUGGAUGGAUGUGCCGACGGGCAGCAGAUGGGAUGCGAUAA